AUGGGGUUCGGAAGAAGAUUGAGGGCAUGGAUUAUAGAGUGCAUUAGAUCAGCUUCUAUAUCUCUAAUGGUUAAUGGAGCUCCAUCAAAAUCGUUCAAGAUGGAAAGAGGGCUUCGACAAGGCGACCCGUUAUCACCUUUUCUAUUCGUUCUCGUUGUAGAUGUGCUGAACAGGAUGAUCAGGGAGGUGGUAAGAAAUAGGAGAAUAUCUCAUCUCUUAGUUGGCAGGGACAAUAUGGAGUUAUCCCACCUUCAGUUUGCUGAUGACACUAUACUGUUCUACCCACUAGAGGAGGAGAUAGUGAGAAAUUACAAGAGACUCCUGAGGUGUUUUGAAGUCAUGUCGGGUUUGAGUAUCAACUUUGACAAGUCUAGGUUGAUACCGGUAAAUUAUAGUCAGGAGUGGAUUGGUCAAAUGUGCAAAUUAUUAGGAUGUCAGGCGGCAAAUCUACUAGUGAAGUAUCUGGACAUUAAUCUAGGAGCAAACCCGAGGCUAGUAAAAACUUGGAAGCCAGUAAUAGAUAAGGUGGAGGAGAAACUGAGUUUGUGA